GUCCUCAACAUCUCCGUCGGUGAGAGCGGCGAUCGUCUCACCAGAGCUGCGAAGGUGUUGGAGCAGCUCAGUGGCCAAACCCCUGUUUUCUCAAAGGCUAGGUACACUGUGAGGUCCUUUGGUAUCAGGCGUAAUGAGAAAAUUGCGUGCUAUGUCACUGUCAGGGGUGAUAAGGCAAUGCAACUCCUUGAGAGUGGAUUGAAGGUGAAGGAAUAUGAGCUGCUAAGAAGGAAUUUCAGUGAUACUGGGUGCUUUGGUUUUGGUAUUCAGGAGCACGCACAUUGAUACGUGGCAAAGAUUCCCUAUUAUAACAACCGAAGCAAUUGCAAUUUCCCUCCAAAAUUCUGUUGAAAAGCUUUAAACAGAACACAAGAAACUCCCAAGAUACCCAUUUCUGAUUUCUCCAUCAUCGCUGAAGAAUUCUGCAACCUGCAAAUCGUUGAAGAAGAUCAAACGCGAUGAGUUCUAGUUCGCGGGCAACCACGAGCCAAUCACGCACGGUGGACGAUAGGUUCGUCAGUCACAACCUCGACAGCCCGACGCCCUCCGUCGAAUGGCUCCCCGGCGGGGAGGAGCCGGAGGGGAAGCCUUAUACUGUCCAGAAACUGAUCGUCGGAACUUGCACGCCGGAGAAUGAACAAAGCAGCCUUAUGCUCGUUCAGGUUAAGCUGAAUCGCGAAGAUUGGGAUGGUAAAGAAUCCAGUUCCUCUAUUGAGAUCGGGAAGACAAGAAGAGUGCAGAAAAUAAAUCAUGAUGGGGUAGUUAACCGGGCUCGUUACAUGCCACAAAACCCGAGUAUUAUUGCUACCAAGACAGGCAGGGCUGAGCUUUUCAUUUUUGAUUGUACCAAACAUCCGUCAAACCCUCCCGAGGAGGGUGUUUGCAGCCCUGAUUUGAGGUUAACUGGUCACAAAGACAAAGGGCUUGGCUUGUCCUGGAGUCCAUUUAAGAAGGGUCAUUUGUUAAGUGGCUCAGAGGAUGGUCAAGUUUGCUUUUGGGACGUUAAUGCCACUCCACAUGAUAAUACACUUGAGGCUAUGCGUAUAUUUGAUAAACAGCAUGGAUGUGUUGAGGAUGUAGCUUGGCAUAUGAAGGAUGAGAACUUAUUUGGUUCAGUUGGAGAAGAUAAACAUCUACAUAUAUGGGAUACACGCAUUCCAGCAAUCAAGCUUAAUCAAUCUGUACUUUGUCAUGAUGCUAAGGUUAACUCCCUGGCAUUUAAUCCUAUUUGUGGAUGGGUUGUAGCAACUGGAUCUUCUGAUAAGAAAGUCAAAAUGUUUGAUCUGCGCAAGAUUUCGCCUUUCCUCCAUAUCUUGGAAUGUCCAUUGCAGGAGGAGGUUGACCAUGUUAGGUGGAAUCACAAGCAUGAGAAGUUUUUAGCUUCAAGUUCUGGCAGGAAGAUUCUUGUUUGGGAUAUUAGCAGGAUUGGGCGCGCACAAACCAGUGAGGAGGCUAAAGGAGGACCCCCGGAGUUUGCCUUUCUUCACUCUGCCCACACGGAUAGCAUUACAGACUUCUCAUGGAGCCCAACCUACGGCUUGGCGAUCGCUAGUGCAGCCAAGGACAACAGUCUACAGUUAUGGCGGAUGCGAGAAGUCAUGUAAUUUGUGAAGAAGAGGAAGAUGAUGAUGAGAAUUGAAGGCCCCAUAGCUUCUUUUUCCAACUUUGGUAUUGUUAAUUCUGAGCUGUGGUUUAUCUUUUCUUUCCAAACUAUUGUUACUAUGGAUUUACCAGACUUCUUUUAGCCUCUAUUGGGCUGA